AUGAAGUUCUCCACUGUCACCGGUCUGCUUCUGGAUUAUUCUCAAACCACUCUCGCCAUUGCAUCCCCCGUAAACAUCCAGCGCGAGGCUGCUCCUUGCAUUCCCGACGACCCCACCAGCAACUGCGACGCCGGCUCUCAAAAGCGUGAGGCCGCGCCGUGUGUUCCUAAUGACCCGACCAGCAACUGCGAUGCGGGCUCUCAGAAGCGCGACUGGAGCCUUCCGAUCAGAAACAACAAGCGUGAGGCCGCGUCCUGCAUUCCUGACGACCCGACUUCCAACUGCGACGUCGGCUCCCGGUAA